UACAAAUUUUUUUUUUCUUGUGAUGAGGACUUUUAAUAUUUACUCACUUAGCAACUUUCAAGCAUGCAAUGGAGUAUUUAUUAUAGUCACCAUGCUGUACAUUAUAUCUCCAUAACUUAUUUAUUUUAUAACUGGAAGUUUGUACCUUUUGACCCCCUCUACCCAUUUUACCCACCCUCUACCUACCACCUCUGGCGACCACCAGUCUGUUCUUUUUAUCUGUGAGCUUGGUUGUUUUUGUUUUUAAAUUCCACACAUGCAUGAGAUUGUAUGUAUUUGUGUUUCUCUGACUAAUUUCACUUAGCAAAAUGCCCUUAGUGUCCGUCCUUGUUGUUGUAGAUAACAAUAGUUCAUUCUCCUUUAUGGCUGAAUAGUAUUCCAUUGUUUAUAUCCAUAUGUAUAUCUUUUUGAAUUAGUGUUUUCAUUUUCUUUGGAUAAACACCCAGAAGUGGAAUUAUUGAAUUGUAUGGUAGUUCUAUUUUGAAUUUUUUGAAGAACCUCCAUACUGUUUUCCAUAGUGGCUAUGCCAAUUUACAUUCCUACCAACAGUGCACAAGAGUUCCUUUUUCUCCACGUCCUUGCCAACACUCAUUAUUUCUUGUCUUUUUGAUAAUAGCCAUUCUCACAGGUGUGAGGUGAUAUUUCAUUGUGGUUUUGGUUUGUAUUUCCCUGAUAAUUAGUGAUGUUGAGCAUCUUUUCCUGUACCUGUCGGCCAUCUGUAUGUUCUCUUUGGAAAAAUGUCUAUUCAGAUCCUCUGCCAGUUUUUAAAUUGAAUUGUUUGCGGUUUUUUGCUGUUGAGUUGUAUGAGCUCUUUAUAUAUUUUAGAUAUUAAUCUCUUAUCAGAUACAUGAUUUGCAAAUAUUUUCUCCCAUUCAAUAGGUUGCCUUUUCAUUUUGUUGAUGUUUUCCUUUGCUUGCAGAAACUUUUUAGUUUACCCACUUUUUUAUUUUUGCUUUUGUUGCCUUUGAUUUUGGAGUCAGGUUCAAAAAAUCCUCACCAACACUGAUGUCAAAGAGUUUACUGCCUAUGUUUUCUUCUAGGAGUUGUAUGGCUUCAAGUCUUACAUUCAAGUCUAUAAUCCAUUUAGAGUUCAUUUUUGUGUGUGGUGUAAGAUAAUAAUCUAAUUUCAUUCUUUUGCAUGUGGCUGUCCAGUUUUCCCAACACGAUUUACUGAAGAGACUUCUUUCCUCACUGUAUAUUCUUGGCUCCUUUUGUUGUGAAUUAAUUGACCAUAUAUAUGUGGGUUUGUUUCUGGGGUCUCUAUUCUGUUCCAUUCAUCUGUGUGUCUGUUUUUAUGCCAAUACUAUACUGUUUUAUUACCACAGCUUUGUAAUAUAGUUUGAAGUCAGGGAUUGUUAUGCCUCCAGCUUUGUUCUUCUUUCUCAAGGUUGCUUUGGUUAUUCAGGGUCUUUUGGCUCCAUGCAAAUUUUAGGAUUAUUUGUUCUGUUUCUGUGAAAAAUGCCAUUGGAAUUUUGGUAAAGGUUACAUUGAAUUUGGAGAUUACUUUGGGUAGUAUGGACUUUCUAAUAAUAUCAAUUCUUCCAAUCCAUGAGCACAGACUAUCUUUCCAUUUAUAUGUGUCUUCUUCCGUUUCUUUCAUCAAUGUCUUAUAGUUUUCAGUGCACAGUUCUUUCACCUCCUUGGUUAAAUUUAUUCCUAGGUAUUUUAUUCUUUUAAUGUAGCUUAUUACUUCUUGAGUUACAACUAUUUUCUCUUAUUAUAGGAAUAUAUUAAGUCUAAGAAACUAUCUUAAAUCUAGCUUUGGGGAUGCCUGGGUGGCUCAGUCAGUUAAGCAUCUGCCUUCUGCUCGGGUCAUGAUCCAGAGUCAUGCAUCGGGCUCUUUGUUCAGCGGGGAUCCUGCUUCUCCCUCUGCGUCUGCCCCUCCCUCUGUUUGUGCUCUCUCUGUCUCUGACAAAUAAAUAAAAUCUUAAAAAUAAAUAAAUAAAUAAAAAUAAAUAUCUAGCUUUGGCUAUAUUUUAUAAUUUUAAUGUAUAAUUUUCAUUUUUACUUUCUUUUUGGUCUAUAAAUUCUGUUUUGCUUUAUAUAUUUAGGUGUUCUGAUGUUGGGUGCAUAAAUUUUACAAUUGUUAGAUCCUCUUGAUGAAUUAAUCCCCUUAUCGUUAUAUAAUGACCAUCUUUGUCCGUUGUUAGUUUUUGCCUUAAAGUCUAUUUUGCCAAAUAAAAGUAUAGUUGCCCCAGCUUUCUUUUGGUUUCCAUUUGCAUGGAAUAGCUUUUUCCAUCCCUUCACUUUCAUUCGAUGUCCUUAAAGCCAAAAAGCACUUCUGUUGUAGGCAGCAUAUAGUUGGGUCUUAUUUUUUUAUCUAUUCAGCCAUUUUGUGUCUUUUGAUUGGAGAAGUUAAUCUAUUUACAUUUAAAGUAAUUAUUAAUAGGUAAGGGCUUAAUACUGACAUUUUGUUAAUUGUUUCUUAGGUGUUUUAUAGAUCUUUUGCUCCUUUCUUCCUCUCUUGCUGUCUUUGUGAUUUGAUGAUUUUCUGUCGUGGUAUGCUUUGAUUCCUUUCUCUUUUGUAUAUGUACUGUCGAUUUUUGCUUUGUAGUUUCCAUGAGGCUUACAUAAAACAUCAUAUAGUUAUAACAUUCUAUUUUAAGCUGGUUAACAACUCAACUUCAUUUGCACACAAAAGGUCUAUACUUUCACUCUACCCAGGCAAAAUCUCUGAGCCAGGUCUGUGUCUCUGAAAGUGUAUAUGUAAAUUAAAAUUUUGUUUAUCAAAUCACAUAUUAAAUACAUGGAAAACAUUUCUUUUUCAACUAGUUUUUUAAACCCUAUACCAAAUCUAUCCAAAUCAGGAUGUAGGACUCGGGCUUAAGCAUGUGUGUUUUGAAACUUCUCCGUGUAUUUCUGAUGCUCAUCCCUGGUUAAGAAAUCUGUCAGAGGGGCACCUGGGUGGCUCAAUAGUUAAGCGUCUGCCUUCGGCUCAGGUCAUGAUCCCGGGGUCCUGGGAUCGAGCCCCGCAUUGGGCUCCUUGCUCCGUGGGAAGCCUGCUUCUCUCCUACUCCCCCUGCUUGUGUUCCCUCUCUCGCUGUGUCUCUCUCUGUCAAAUAAAUAAAUAAAAUCUUUAAAAAACAAAAAAAAGAAAGAAAUCUGUGUCAGAGAGACUCACUAAAUAUUAAUCCUCAGAGGGAUGUGCUUGUAAAACUUUUGUCAAAACAAUUUAUCUCUGCUUCCCCUAGACUGACCCUUUUAAAACAUGUGCCCGUCCUUAUUUCUUUGUAAUGGGCUAUCUCCAUAACUGUGACAAAGGAUUGUCGUACUUGUCUGGUUUUAUGAUGUCUGUAUUAGUUUUUCUCUUGCAGGUGAAAAUGAGUUCCUCGGUAAGAAGAAAAGGCAAGCCGGGCAAAGGAGGUGGAAAAGGGUCUUCUAGAGGAGGAAGGGAAGGCAGGAGUCACGCGAGCAGAUCUCACGGGGGCGGUGGUGGUGGUGCCGGCAACAGGAAAGCCUCGAGCAGAAUGUGGGAUGAUGGCAAUGACUUUUGCAUCUUCAGCGAAUCGAGGCGCUCAUCCAGACCUAGCAACAGUAGCGUAAGAAAAGGAGAGGCACGCCCCAAAUGGAAGCCUGAAGCCAAAGUGCCCCUUCAAACCCUGCACAUGACUUCUGAGAACCAAGAGAAAGUGAAAGCUCUUCUCCGGGACCUCCAAGAACAAGAUGCGGAUGCUGGAUCUGAAAGAGGCAUUUCUGGGGAGGAGGAAGAUGACGAGCCUGAGUGUGAUGAUGAGCAGUACUGGUCUGCUGGACGAGAAGCUUCCCUUGUUCCUGACUGUGACCCUUUGGAAUAUGCUGGCUCAGGCCCAGUGGAGCCUCAUAGUCCAGAAUUUACAGUCUCAACAUUUGCAGUGCAGAAACUUUCCAGGUAUGGCUUCAGCACUGAACACUGUCAGGCAGCCCUGAGGAUUUGUGAUGGAGAUGUGGGGGCUUCACUAGAACAUCUGCUCACACAGUGUUUUUCAGAGACAUUUGGGGAGAAGAUGAAGAUCUCUGAGGCAGGUGCCCAUGUAAGCUUGGAUGAGUGUGUGGAACAGCGGCAGGAAGAGGCAUUUGCUCUCAAGUCCAUCUGUGGAGAGAAAUUCAUAGAAAGAAUUCAGAACCGAGUCUGGACCAUUGGAUUAGAACUGGAGUAUUUGACGAGUAAAUUCUGCAAAUCCAAGCAAAAGGAAAGUACCAAAAAUGCACAGGACACUACACUUGAAAUCUGUAAAUUUUACCUCAAAGGAAAUUGCAAAUUUGGAUCAAGAUGCAAAUUCAAACAUGAAGUGCCCCCAAAUCAAAUUGUCGGAAGAGCAGAAAGAAUUGUAGAUGAUUCUCAUCUUAAUGUCCAUGAAGAUGCCUCUUUUUUAUAUGAACUUGAAAUUCGAUUUUCUAAAGACCACAAAUACCCUUACCAAGCUCCGCUUGUGGCAUUUUAUUCCACCAGUGAGAAUCUACCUCUGGCUUGUCGUUUACAUAUUUCUGAGUUCCUUUAUGGCAAGGCCUUGACAUUUGCAGAAACUUCAGAACCUGUUGUAUAUUCUUUGAUAACCCUCUUAGAGGAAGAAUCAGAAAUAGUCAACUUACUGACAAAUACCCAUCACAAGUACAGUGUCCCUCCUGUGAACUUUCUGCCAGUAUCCUCUGGGACCAGAAUAAAUAAUCCUGUCUGUCGUAAACCAGUGAUUCCAAGUAAUUCUUUUGCUUCAAAUCAAAUUCCUGAAGUUGAAAAAGAAUCAGAACCUGAGGAGGAGACAGAUGAGGAUGAAGGUCCUGCACCAGUUAUAGUGGAGAAUGAAAGCUAUGUGAACCUUAAGAAAAAGAUUUCCAAAAGAUAUGACUGGCAGGCAAAAUCAGUACAUGCUGAAAAUGCUAAAAUCUGCAAGCAGUUCCGAAUAAAACAGGCUUCCAGACAGUUCCAGUCAAUUCUGCAAGAAAGACAAUCACUCCCUGCUUGGGAAGAAAGAGAAACCAUUCUUAAGUUGUUGAGUGAGCACCAAGUGCUUGUUAUAAGUGGUAUGACUGGAUGUGGGAAAACUACACAGAUUCCUCAGUUUAUUCUGGAUGAUUCUCUGAAUGGACCACCUGAGAAAGUGGCUAACAUCAUCUGUACCCAACCCCGACGAAUCUCAGCAAUAUCUGUUGCUGAACGUGUUGCUAAAGAAAGGACAGAAAGAGUGGGUCUGACUGUGGGGUACCAGAUCCGGCUAGAAAGUGUCAAGUCCUCAGCCACCAGACUGUUAUACUGCACCACAGGCGUGCUGCUGAGAAGGCUGGAAGGAGACACAGCUCUCCAAGGAGUCACCCAUAUCAUUGUUGAUGAAGUUCAUGAGAGGACAGAAGAAAGUGACUUCUUGCUGCUAGUCUUGAAGGACAUUGUGUUGCAGAGACCAACUCUUCAAGUUAUUCUAAUGAGUGCAACUUUAAAUGCUGAGCUCUUUUCAGAAUAUUUCAGUUCCUGCCCAGUUAUUACUAUACCAGGCCGCACAUUUCCUGUUGAUCAGUUUUUUCUGGAAGAUGCAAUUGCUGUGACAAGGUAUGUGUUACAGGACGGGAGCCCAUAUAUGCGCUCCAUGAAGCAGAUGACAAAGGAGAAGCUGAAAGCAAGGCGCAGCAGAACUGCAUUUGAAGAAGUAGAGGAAGACCUGAGGCUCUCUCUUCACCUCCAGCCCCAGGAUUCUGUCAAAGAUGCAGUGCCAGAUCAACAGUUAGAUUUCAAGCAGCUCCUGGCCCGCUAUAAAGGGGUUAGCAAAUCGGUCAUCAAAACAAUGUCCAUCAUGGAUUUCGAAAAGGUGAAUCUUCAAUUAAUAGAGGCCUUGUUAGAGUGGAUUGUAGAUGGAAAGCACUCCUACCCUCCAGGUGCUAUACUUGUAUUUUUACCGGGACUAGCAGAAAUCAAAAUGCUAUAUGAACAGCUACAAUCUAAUUCUCUUUUCAACAAUAGACGCAGUCAUCGAUGUGUGGUUCACCCACUUCAUUCAUCUUUAUCCAGUGAAGAGCAGCAGGCAGUGUUUGUAAAACCCCCUGUGGGUGUAACAAAGAUUAUAAUUUCCACCAACAUUGCUGAGACAUCCAUAACCAUCGACGAUGUUGUCUAUGUCAUUGACUCUGGGAAAAUGAAAGAGAAGAGAUAUGACGCCAGCAAAGGGAUGGAGAGCCUAGAGGAUACUUUUGUCUCUCAAGCCAAUGCUCUGCAGAGAAAGGGUCGAGCGGGCCGGGUUGCCUCUGGGGUCUGCUUCCACUUAUUCACCAGCCAUCACUUCAAUCACCAGCUGUUAAAGCAGCAGCUGCCAGAGAUCCAAAGAGUGCCGUUGGAACAGCUGUGUCUGAGAAUUAAAAUUUUAGAGAUGUUUAGCACUCACAAUCUCCAGUCUGUGUUCUCUCGGCUCAUUGAGCCGCCACACACUGACUCUCUCCGUGCCUCAAAAAUACGAUUACGAGACUUAGGAGCGUUAACUCCAGAUGAAAAGCUGACCCCCCUAGGGUAUCACUUGGCCUCUCUGCCCGUGGAUGUGAGAAUCGGCAAACUGAUGCUGUUUGGGUCUAUCUUCCGCUGUCUGGAUCCUGCCCUCACCAUUGCUGCCAGUUUGGCUUUUAAGUCUCCUUUUGUAUCUCCCUGGGAUAAAAAAGAGGAAGCUAACCAGAAAAAGCUAGAAUUUGCAUUUGCAAACAGCGACUAUCUGGCUCUUCUACGAGCAUAUAAGGGAUGGCAGCUAAGUACGAAAGAAGGAAUGCGUGCAAGUUACAAUUACUGCAGACAGAACUUCUUGUCUGGAAGAGUUCUUCAGGAAAUGGCCAUCCUCAAACGACAAUUCACUGAACUGUUAUCAGAUAUAGGCUUUGUAAAGGAGGGACUCAGAGCAAGGGAAAUUGAGAAAAGGGCCCAAGGAGGAGAUGGUAUCUUGGACGCCACAGGAGAAGAGGCAAACUCAAAUGCUGAGAACCCCAAGCUGAUAUCAGCAAUGCUGUGUGCUGCUCUUUAUCCAAAUGUAGUGCAGGUGAAAAGCCCAGAAGGGAAAUUUCAGAAGACCAGUACCGGAGCUGUCAGAAUGCAACCCAAAUCAGAUGAGUUGAAGUUUGUCACCAAGAAUGAUGGAUAUGUGCACAUUCACCCUUCCUCAGUGAACUAUCAGGUCAGACACUUUGACAGCCCCUACCUGGUGUACCACGAAAAGAUCAAAACUAGUCGGGUGUUCAUCCGAGACUGCAGUAUGGUGUCCGUGUACCCACUGGUCUUGUUCGGGGGAGGCCAAGUGAGUGUGCAGCUUCAGAGAGGGGAGUUUGUAGUGUCCUUGGAUGAUGGUUGGAUCCGUUUUGCGGCUGCUUCCCAUCAGGUGGCUGAACUAGUAAAGGAACUCCGCUGCGAACUUGACCAGCUUCUCCAGGAUAAGAUAAAAAACCCAAGCAUAGAUCUGUGUACAUGUCCUCGAGGAUCCCGGAUCAUCAGCAUGAUUGUGAAACUUGUCACCACACAGUAAAGACCAGUCUUAGGAGAGUGCUUGCUACUCCCCUGCUUCUUGCUCACCUGGGAAAUAAGAGCAGGACCUCUACCUCCAACCAGGCUCUGUGCUUGGGCUGCCCUGGUGAAGGAGCCCAGGGCAGGCACUGUGCAGUCAGCUGAGGCCCCACACACACUUAGGGAAGGUUCCCAGACCUUCUGUAUUUCGACAGAACAGGGACACUCCCUGCACAAUUUGGAGCGUCCGUGCGAGGCAGUCUAAAAACCAGCUUGCCUGUCUUUUUCUCUGUGGCUAUCCCGGAAUGAAUGAAAUUCACCUCAUCAUACAAAAGUGAAUGUUUAAUACGAUUCUGUUUUAAUCUAUGUAUUUUUUUCUCUCCUGCUUUUUUACUAGGGUGAGAUAGGAGCAUGAGGAGAAAUACUGAAUGUUUUUUUCUAUCAUAAAGGCUCAUCUGAAAGAAGUUAGAACAGAGAAGGACAAAAAAAAAAUCAUGAGCGAGAAAAAUUAAAAUUUCAUUUUUAGGCUAUUGGCUAUAAAGUAAACUUAAUCUGUAAGGGAUUUUUAUUUUUACUCAUUAAAGUUCAGCCUAAAAAACAAACUCGAAGAGCUCUUGUUUGUUAUUAAAAUGCAAGCUGGUUUUAUCCUUACCAUUCUUAUUCUCAAAAGCAGAACAGUCUAGGUGUCUUUGUUUUGGUUUUGGUUUUCCAUUUAGGAGUCUCUGCUCUCUCUUAGGAACACACCCAGCUCUAAUGGCCACAUUUCACAUUACCCAGUGGGGAAUUUUGAUGGUCUUCCCGGAGUGGACUUGGCACAGUCGAGGUAGAAAAGGUUGCCCUGCUAGUGUCAGAUUCACAGCCAUAAAAAUAUCUUACAGGAGGCUGCUUGUUUUCACCCGCCACUUAGGUGAAUGGGGAGCUAGCAUUUUGAAAAACUAUCAGUACAUUUACAUAUUCUCUGGACAUUUAUCCAUGUGGCCAGGAAACAUCCCAAAGAGCUGAGUAGAAAAAAUAUUCUUAUAUUCUGGCACUCAGGUAGAGUCACUGCAGAUUUCAUGCUCUAGAUGGAAUUCAAACCAAUCAGCAGAACCACCUCAGUGAAGGGAGUUCACUUUUCACAGUAUUAUUUCAGUUAUAUUUUCAGGAAACCUCCUGGACUGUCCAAAAUGGUCAUUAUCAAGCGUGUUUAGCUUUGGCGCACUCGAAGAGCUUAGACUCUAAAUAGUAUUUUUAAAAUAUUUAAAAUAAUACUAUCUAAAAAUAGUAUUUUAAAAGAUUCAUGUCAUCACUUUAAAUAAAAAACACGUAUAUGCAUAGCACGCACCCACAGUAUUCAAGUUCUGACUUGCUACCGAAACAAGGCUCACAUUACAUAACGGCUCAGGAGAAAUGAAGGAGAAGACCACACUCACCCUCUAAAACAUUCUUUUGAACCAGUUUUGACUCUCGGUGCUGUAGUGGAACUGAUGCUGGCCACCCUAGCUGGAGCCACCUGCCCACUGGACCCACAGCUUUCCACACAGGUUUGCAGCAGAGAUACAGUGGGGAGAAGAGAAACAAGAGAACUUUCCAUCCAGUGCUGAGAAAUCGCUCCCCUCGGGGAGGUUAUUCUUGGGCUGGUCACUGGCAGCCACAGACAAAUGCACAGCUCAUUCCACAGAUGUGCCAGGAUGUGGAAAAGAUCGGAAAGCCUUGACUGAGGACACUGAAUAAGAAAGUCCUCCCCGCCAAAACCGAACUUAAGCCCCCUCAUUAAAAUGAUGAAGCAAAUGAAACAGGAUUACUUCUUCGCAAUUGAAGAUCAGCACGCUGUAGAGCAUUUUAAGGUGAAACCAGAUUUCUAAGCCCCAGCAAGAUGGUCAGCAUUUAAUGUUAAUUUUAUGGAGAAUUCUGUAAAUGUUUCUCAAGUAUUUGCUUUGCUGGAAUCUAGCUGGGAAACAAUAUUGGUAAAGUACUUGCUACAAAAUAAGUCUGUGUUAGGGUUUUGUAGUCUGUGUCUUUGGGGAGUUCUCAGGAAAUGAGAGUAGGUAAACAUUCUUUCUUGCAGAGGUGGUCAUAGGUUGGCAGAGCAUCAGCUUUGUCUUCUUCCUCCUUGAGUUCCGUAUCUGAAUAUUAUAAUUCAGACUCCCUGACAAGUAUUGAACUUUGGUCUUUUAUCCUCCCAUUCUGCUAUUCGAGCGGUUUAACUAAUAUACCAAAGCACACAGCCUGUGGAUCUGUAGGCAUAUGGUAAAUGUUCUUUUUCCUUUCUAGGCGGUGGUUUGAGUAUGUCCCUAAGAGGUUAUCCUAAAAUAAGACCUUGUGAAAGUACUUUGUAAAAUUAAAAUGUAGCAAAUGUAAGCAAAUUGGGACCAAGGGUGUGGUUUUCAGACGCAGCCCAGGCUGGCUUUUUGCGAACUGCACUCUGUUGUGUUUCUCAAUGGCUGGGCUGAGCUGGGGAGCUUAGGCGUCACACUCGGAGGGUCCCUUGUGGGUGUCACCUCGUUGCCACAGAAAUGAGGAUCCCUGGGGGCAGCAGAAUUAUGCUCACACUGCCAUUGUGCUUAAACAAGCCUAGGCAGAUGCUGGCUCUUUCCUCAGUCGUGCUAGAAUUAAGCGGAAUUCCUAGGGCUUGUUUUCUCCCAAAUGCAGAGGGAAAGUCGGCUUAAAAUAUUUAGCCAGUUAAUAAACACAGGGUGAGCUACUGUCUUCAGAAGUUAGAUCUUGAUCAUGAAACUGUGUUAGUCAAUACUUGAGUACACACAGUGCGGUGCCUCAGGUGGAAACUAUAGAAACAGCUAAUCCAAUGUAGUGUCACAGCAAUAGUUUCAGACUGUUCCAGAGUGACCGGCUUCCAUGUCUUUUUAAGUCUCACACAUGUAAAGCUGUGUAAUGACUGUGUAAACCAUUAACCACGAUGAGUCAUUACCAGGAGAGACUUUUUUCUUGCCAUUUCUAAGUUAUCCACCCCCCCAAAACCAUAUAUCAAAGAGAUUAGUCUUAAAUAAGAUUUAUAGCCAAUCACUAAUCCUUAGGGUGCUUUAAAAUCUUAAAUGUCUUAAUAAUUUGCUUUGUCAAAGAGCAGAGAAAGAGUUGUGUUGGAAAUCACUCGCCUGAUACAUGAGCCAUCAGGUGACAUCGAUAUUUCAUAAAGAUAAAGGAGAGCAGCCCAAACGUGAGCUUGUUCCCACAGACGUUUGAGCCUCUGCCCCGUCUUUGCCGAAUGGGGGCCAUCCCCGAGUCUACUCCUGAGUCAGUUCCAACCCAGCUAACUGAGUAAAUAAGCCAGGACGCAGUGCCCCAGUGAGAGCUAGGAGGAGGAGGAUGGCUUAGAAUCCAUUUACUGGAUUUCUCCACCUGUAUUUCAACUUUUUAGGAAAGAAACAAAUCGCAACAAAAGAUGAUUUGUAUGAGGGUUUUGUUUGAAAAGGCAACUUCCCAGGGGCACCUGGGUGGCUCAGGUCCAACUCUUUUGAUUUCGGCUCAGGUCGCAAUCUCGGCGUGGUGAUAUCGAGCCCCGUGUCGGGCUCCACGCUUAGCGGGGAGUCGGCUUAAGAGUCUCUCCCUCUGCCCCUCCCCCUGCUCGUGGGCUCUUUCUCAGUCACUCGCUCGCUCUCAAUAAAUAAAUAAAUUCUUUUUUUUAAAAAAGGCAACUUCCCGUAAAUACCAACAAUGAAAAUCAGUGUUUAGGAUGAUAACCCUGACAUUACAAAUACAAUAUUCCUAAAUAUGGUAUCAUAAUGUAUUUAAUAAACAUUUUCAACAGAAACAUUUCAAACAGUGAGGGUUUUUGUUAUUACUAUUCUUUAUGCAGAAAAAUGCAGUUAUUGCUACCUCUUCCAACCUAGGUUUUACUGAGAAUGGCCUGAAGGAGUUAAUUUUCCUUCCAAGUCGAAUGAGCUUAUUUUUAUAAAGGGGAGAUUAUCCAUGGCCGGUUUUCUUCUAAAUGAUUCAAGACAGGAUAACAUAGCCAAAAAGACUCAUUUACUUCCUGAGAGUCCCCUUUUAAUAAGUUUUGCCUCGUUCCAUCCUUAAGUUUCAAAUGUAUUAAAACAAAAGAAUGUUAACCGUUCAAGUAGGACUUUAUUUAUUUGUCCAUAGAGGUUGAUUAACUACAAUACAGGAUCUUACCAUGUACAAAGACUAUAGAGAAGUUUCCUCACAGGACAAAAUGUAUAUUUUGCUUGUUUUAAACCAGUGGUCCUCAACUGGAGGCAAUUUUGCCCACCAGGGAACACUUAGCAAUAUCUGGAGACGUCACAACUGAGUGGGGAUUGGGGUGUGCUCCUGGCAUCUAGUAGUUAGAAGCCAGAGAUGCUGCUAAAUAUCCUACAAUGCAUAGGAUCCUUCUCGAACAAAAAAUUAUCCAGUUCAAAAUGUCAGUAAUGCCAAGGUGGAGAAAACCUUUUUAAACAAAAUGAGAUAGGCGACUACUUAAAAAGUCUAGCUAUCAGUUACUAAUCAGAUAUAAAUUAUGCCCACAGUGGUCUCUGAAACUUAUGCUUAAAUCAACUCUAAUAAACAUGUACUGUGUGAAUAA